AUCUAUUCUUUGACGUUAUUCUAACAAUUGGGACCAGAAUUUAUCCGCAAUUAAUGACGUCAUAAAAUAGUUCCGUCAUUAUCCCCUUAAUUUGGAUGUUAAAUAUGUUUAGCAUUUUAAAAACCUGUACAAAAUUCCUCAAAAUGAAUAAUCAAACCUCUCUCUGUACUCUGUUUCGGCAGAAUGGCUGAGAUUCCUGUAAUACAUUUUCAUUUGUACUCAAGCGCCAAUAAUUCUUGCGGCGCUUCUAUUGUUUAAUGUGUUAAAUCAUCGUCAGACCUGGCCCACAUCAGAUCAAAAUUUUCCCUAGUGCAUUACUCCCAAUCACAUCUCCCCCAUUUAAAUUUAUUACUUUUUUCGAACUCUAAACCACCAAAAAAAAUGCGUGAAAUUGUACAUAUCCAGGCCGGGCAAUGCGGAAAUCAGAUUGGUGCAAAGUUUUGGGAGGUAAUAUCUGACGAACAUGGGAUAGAUUCCACCGGCACUUACAACGGCGACUCCGAUUUACAGCUGGAACGCAUAAAUGUCUACUACAAUGAAGCAGCAGGAGGAAAGUACGUGCCACGUGCCAUUCUUGUGGACUUGGAACCUGGAACGAUGGACUCAGUACGGUCUGGCCCCUUCGGCCAGCUCUUCCGUCCGGACAACUUCGUGUUCGGACAGAGCGGCGCGGGCAACAACUGGGCGAAGGGUCACUACACAGAAGGCGCCGAGCUGCUGGAGUCCGUGCUGGAAGUGGUCCGGAAGGAGGCGGAGAACUGCGACUGCCUCCAGGGCUUCCAGCUGACCCACUCUCUGGGCGGCGGCACCGGCUCCGGCAUGGGGACGCUGCUCAUUGCCAAGAUCAGGGAGGAGUACCCCGACCGCAUUAUGAACACCUUCAGCGUCGUGCCAUCGCCUAAGGUGUCUGACACGGUUGUGGAACCUUACAAUGCUACUCUCUCAGUUCACCAGCUGGUUGAGAAUUCAGACGAGACAUACUGCAUAGAUAAUGAGGCCCUCUACGACAUCUGUUUCCGUACAUUAAAACUGACGACACCAACGUAUGGAGAUUUAAACCAUUUAGUAUCUGCUGCAAUGUCUGGUGUUACUACAUGCCUAAGGUUUCCAGGACAAUUAAAUGCUGACCUUCGCAAACUAGCUGUUAACAUGGUGCCAUUUCCUCGCUUACAUUUCUUCAUUCCUGGCUUUGCUCCAUUGACAUCACGUGGGUCUCAACAAUACCGAUCUCUUACUGUACCAGAACUCACGCAGCAGAUGUUUGAUUCAAAGAAUAUGAUGACUGCUUGUGAUCCUCGACAUGGACGAUAUCUUACAGUGGCAGCCAUCUUCAGAGGGCGCAUGUCCAUGAAAGAGGUGGAUGAGCAAAUGUUGAACAUUCAGAAUAAGAAUAGCAGCUAUUUUGCUGAGUGGAUCCCAAACAAUGUUAAAACUGCAGUUUGUGAUAUACCACCUCGCGGACUAAAAAUGUCUGCCACAUUUAUUGGAAAUUCUACUGCCAUUCAAGAACUUUUCAAACGUGUGGGAGAGCAGUUUUCAACUAUGUUCAAACGGAAGGCUUUCCUCCACUGGUACACAGGUGAAGGUAUGGAUGAGAUGGAGUUUACAGAGGCUGAAUCAAAUAUGAAUGACCUGAUUAGUGAGUAUCAGCAGUACCAAGAGGCAACAGUAGAGGAGGAUGCAGAAUUUGAUGAAGAUGAUGAGGCAGAAGCAGAUGCAGGAUUGGUUGAAGUUGAGUGAUUUCCAUUGUCGCCUGGCCUACGUAAUUUUGCUACAAACCUAAAAUAACAUAUAUUCAUAUAAAUCUCCUUUUGAUAUGUAUAUAUGAGUAUUGAUUAAAAAAUAUACCCAAAAAUUGAUAAAUUAA